AUGGACGAUUUUCUAUCGGGAGCGGAAUCUAUUGAAGAUGCUAAGCGAUUGCGAUUCGGUGUACAAACACUUAUGGCGGAAGCAGGACUACAGCUUCGAAAAUGGAAUUCAAAUAUCUCAGAAGCUUUGGAAAUUGCCCCGGAAGGACCCACCAUUCUACAUUUUGAAAAGGAACAGAAGGUGGAAACACUAGGAGUUGCCUGGGAGACUGGACCAGAUCAGUUUUGCUUCGACGUUCGCGAUAUCAAACAUGGCGAGCAAUGGACAAAGCGAAAGAUAUUUUCGGCGAUAGCUCAGUUAUACGAUCCUCUUGGACUUGUGUCACCUGUCAUAGCUUGGGCUAAGAUUCACAUGCAGCAGCUUUGGUUAUCCUCCGUUGGUUGGGAUGACCCAGUUACCGUUACUGUAAACGCUAGAUGGGAAGAGUUCUACGUUCAGUUACCUGAGUUGAGAUCGUUUAAGAUACCAAGAUGUUUGUUCCUAGCCAAACCAACGGAUACUCAGUUUCACGUUUUCUGCGAUGCCUCGGAACUGGCAUACGGAGCUUGUAUUUAUGCGCGUUCGACCAACAAGGAUGGCGAAAUCAAGGUUACGCUCAUAUCAUCAAAAUCUCGUGUAGCUCCACUCAAACGGCUUUCUCUACCUCGCUUGGAGUUGUGUGCUGCUCUUUUGGGGGCCAAACUAUACGCCCGGGUCUCAGCAGCAUUACGGAUGGAAGGAACUUCUUGCUGGUUUUGA